AUGGAGUCUAAGAAGGAGUCAGUGGAUAUCACCGUCUGUCAGUCAUCCAAAGAAUCGACAAAUGAUGAAAGAACCGAAGUGCCUGGACCACAGAUCCAUACGCACGAGACGCAGCUUGAGAUAGUUGAAGAUGCGGAUGACGACGUGUACGCCCUGUGUUUCCCUCUAUUAGUAUUCACACCUUACAAGUUAUUUCAAUCAAUCAAUAUUGACCUGAGAAGCGUCUCUCCAGAGGUACGAGCGAGUGUUCCUGCAGACGAUGAGGACAUCCCAGUCAAUACCUUCCGCGCCUGGUUCCUGGGGAUAGUCGGAACUGUGGUCCUUACGGCGUUGAACCAGUUCUUUCAACUUCAUUCUCCACCACGACGCUUCAAUCAAAAGGAGCACUGUAUAGUGGCCAUAAUGGCGUCCCUGGUGACAGCCUUUGACAACGGGUCUCUCGCAACAGAUGUCUACGUCGCUUUUGAGAAGUUCCUUCAUGUUCCUAUUUCCCUCGGAUAUAGGUUCAUGUUUCUUCUCACCACACAGGCUUUGAGCUUUGGCAUCGCAGGAUUAUUUCACAAAUUCCUCGUUGAGCCAGAAGCCUGCGUCUGGCCGGGGGUGCUCCCGACCUGCUCCAUGUUGUAUACAAUGCACCAACGGAACAAACAGAACGAAGAAACUAAUGGAUGGAAAAUUAGUCGCAUGAAGCUUUUUGCUGUGGUUAUCCUUUGUGGGACACUGUAUCAAUUUCUUCCGGGGUUCUUAUUCACAGGCCUCACAACAUUCGCCUGGAUAACUUGGAUUUUUCCCAACAAUGUCACUAUCAACCAGGUCUUUGGAGCCAUUUCAGGAAUGGAUCUUCUCCCCAUGACCUUGGACUGGAAUCAGAUCACUGGCUAUCUAGGAUCACCUCUCCUUGUGCCUACAUGGGCACUGACGAACGUGUUUUGCGGAAGUAUCUUUUUCCUUUGGGUCGUGUCUCCGGCAUUACACUGGAGCAAUGUUUGGGAGGGAAUGUACAUGCCGUUUUCUUCAUCGAAGACGUUCGAUAAUACAGGCAAGCCAUACAACACCAGUCGAGUGAUGAACUCAGAUUAUUCACUAAAUCAGACUGCCUAUCAUGAUUAUUCUCCAGUGUUUCUGUCAACAACGUCUGUUCUUUCAUAUGGAUUGGGAUUUGCCGCUGUGGCUUCAAUCAUAGUUCAUACCGCUCUCUACCACCAUCGUGAGAUCUGGUACGGACUUCUUGCCAGUAUUGGAAAGUCGUCUGGUGAAGAGAAGCCAGAUAUUCACGCAAGGUUGAUGAAGAAGUAUAAACAAGUCCCGACGUGGUGGUAUGGCUGUACCUUUCUAGGCAUAUUCAGCAUCAGUAUCGCUUUUCUCUAUGCCUACGAUACUGGUCUUCCCUGGCAUGGUCUGAUCCUGGCCAUAACGCUUCACGUGAUACUCUUGUUGCCAACAGGUAUCAUGAUGGCCUACUGCAAUAUCAAGUUGUCGACUGCCGUGAUAUCGGCCCUCGUAGCGGGGUAUAUCUGGCCAGGAAAGAUGAUGAACAAUGUGGUCUUCAAGAUCUUUACUCUUGUUUCAUCAGCCCAAGGACUCGGAUAUAUCUCGGUCAUGAAGCUUGCCCACUACAUGAAAAUUCCUCCUCGGGUCACUUUCGCCGCACAGUGCACGGGCAUCAUCGUUUCGUGGCUGACACAGACCGCAGUCAACAUCUGGGCGAUGGGCAACGUCAAAGACAUCUGCACCUCGAAAGCAAGCAACAACCAGUUCCUCUGUCCACUCGCUGCAGGCUACGCCACAAAUGCCACCUUCUGGGGCCUCAUAGGGCCGAAAAGACUCUUCUCGGAGGGGUCAAUGUACCGACCUAUGCUGUGGUUCUUCUUCAUCGGUGCCGCAUCCCCAUUAGUACUGUACCUUCUGGACAGACGCUUCCCCCGAGCAAUGCUGAGAAAGAUCCAUCUACCCGCAAUCUUCGCAUCCACCGCAUCGAUACCACCAGCCACCGCGGCGAACUACAUGGCCUGGGGUAUUGUGGGGCUCUACUUCAAUGGCCAUCUCAAGCACAGGUACCGACCGUGGUGGAUGAAGUAUAAUUACAUUCUAUCGGCUGGACUCGAUGCGGCGCUGGCAGUCGGCAACUUUCUCAUCUUCUUCUGCUUGGCGUACCCUGGGAUUGAGCUCAAGUGGUUCGGGAACGACAUCGCGGCGCGAACCGCAGAUGGGCUGGGCGUGCCGUUGCGAACGGUGGAGCGCGGACAAACCUUUGGGCCGCGGAGUUGGAAUUGA